AUGCUUAAAUGGCAACGCACGCAAAAAAUUAUGGCGCUUGUACCUCCCGCAAAAGCACCCUCCGAUGACAGCAGCACAUCUGAAGAUGAAGUUAUAAUCAAUAAUUACACAAAACCGAAAAAACAACAAUCAUCUGACUCAGAACACAACUACGAAUCAUCUGAACCACGUUCUUAUCCCUCUGAAAUUGAUGACUUAAGCUUAGAUUCACAUUCCGAAGAUGAGAUUCCUGCGACGCCAUCACCUAGGCCACUACAGCUACAAAAUGAAAGCAAGUCAUACUUACCCAAUUCCAAAGAAAAUUCUCGUCCGACGACGCCUCCAUCGCCAACUCCGCCUCAACAAAAUGAUUGCAACAUACCUGAAGUACCAUGUUCUGAAGUCCAAACUCCGAUUUCGUCUGCGUCGAUGCCACAAGAUAUAAUGAAUGAUUCCAUACUCCACAUACCAACAAUUCCCUUGUCUCCUUUAAUUAACCAAAUGUUUUCACCAGGCCCGUCAAAUCAGCCGCUCCCAUUCACACUGAAUUCGGUCUCAUCAGUAUUAUCACCUAACAUGUCUCCAGCAGCACCUAAUACACGUUCAAAGCGACGACAGAACACAAAACCUAAACACCCAGCGGCAAAAAAAGUAAAGAAGUUUAGUGCUGAAGAUGGUAUUGAUGUUGCCGAAGGUGGUAUUGAUGUUGCUGAUGGCGGUAAAGAGCAGUGCCUUAAUUUUAAAGCCUUAAAAAUAAAGUUCCCUUCCCUAAAUCCCAUCUGGAAUGAAACUGCAUAG